AUGGGCUCCAAAGUCGUUGCUUCAGCUCCAGCCCCUCGGCCUGCUGGGCCCUCCAUCGCCAUCAUCGGCGCUGGUAUCGGCGGCAUCACGCUCGGCAUCGAACUUGACAAACGUGGACUGACCAACUGGACUAUGUACGAGCGCGACGACGGCAUCGGUGGAACCUGGUACCAGAACCGCUACCCUGGCUGUCGCUGCGAGAGUGUGCCCGCGAUUGUGUACUCGCACUCGUCCUACCCGAACCCCAACUGGAGCCAGACCCACCCGGACCGCGAAGAGAUCCAGGCGUACUGGGCCAACCUCGCUGGCUCGCGCGGCCAGCUUCCCCGCAUCAAGCUUCGCCACUCGGUUGUUCGUGCCGACUGGGACACCAAGCGCAGCCUCUACGUCAUUCAGAUCCGUGACCUGGCCAAGAACCAGGUCAAGACCAUCGAGGCCAGCAUCCUCAUCACCGCCUCGGGCGGCCUGAGUACGCCGCGCUACAUCGAGCUCCCGGGCAAGGAGAACUUUGACGGCAAGGUCAUCCACGCUGGCGACUGGCCGCGCGACCUGUCCGUCGACGACCUGCGGGGCAAGACGGUCGUUGUCGUCGGCAACGGCUGCAGUGGUGUCCAGCUCGUCGGCACCCUUGGCCUGGAAUCCGACAUCAACAUUGUCUCCCUCUCCCGCGGCCGCCAGUGGUUUGUCCCCAGCCCGCCUGGCAGUUCGCGCAACUCGGUCCCGUACAGCAAGGCGCAGAACGAGCGCUGGGCAAAAUACCCUGCGCUGCAGCAGCUCACCCGCUUCAUCUACUGCUGCGUCAUGGACUCGCACUUUUACUGGUACCUCGAAAAGGACGGCAAGAAGCAGCGCAAGAAGAUUGAGGAGGAAAUCUCCAACUGGAUGCUCAAGGAGCUGCCCGAGUACAUGCGCGACACUGCCAUCCCCAAGCACUCGUUUGGCGCCAAGCGCCUCAUCUUUGAGGACGGCUACUUUGCGGCCCUCAACAAGCCCAACGUCAAGCACAUCGAGGGCCGUAUCGCCAGUCUGCACGGCCACACCGUCGUGCUCGACGACGGCCGCGAAAUGUCCGCCGACUAUGUCGUUCUCUGCACGGGUUACGACGCAGAGCGUGUCGGUAUCCCAGUCAAGGGCGUCUACGACUCGACAGAGCACUACAAGUCGCGCGCAGAGGUCAAGAUGUACCAUGGAGUCGCCAUCCCUGGUAUCCCCAACUUUUUCAAUGUGUUGGGUAACAACAUGGGCCUCAACCACAUGUCCAUCACCACGGUUAUUGAGAUCCAGACCAACUACAUUGGCCAGCUGGUCCAGGGCAUGCGCGACUACAGCAUCCCCGUCCUCGACGUCAAGCGCGCGCCCGCGCUCGAGUACGACGCGUGGAUCGCCAAGGAGCUCGAGAAGAUGACCUGGAUGGAGGUCAAGAACUACUGGCGCGGCAACAACGGCCACGGUCGUAUCUUUACACACUACCCGGGCUCGGUCCGCCGCCUGCUCUGGGACAACGCGUACCCCCUGUGGGGCGACUACAACGGCGGCGCGCCCGUGGUCCGUCGCCAGCGGCUCAAGCGCGGCGUCCUCGCCCUCGCCCUCGUUGUGGCGGGAUACUGGGCGACCAAGACCGGUCUCAGCGCCCAGGCUGUCCAGACGCUCGUGCAGUGGGCGUCCGGCCUCGUCGCGGUGGGUAAGGCGCUCCCCCAGGUUGUGGUAGGCGCUGUGGGACUGUUCGCAGACAAGGGACGCGCACUGCUCUCGGCUACACAGUAG